UCUUAAAAGUAUGUCGAGGGGUAGAUACCUAUUCCAGAUCAACUUUCAACUAUCAGUAAAUAUUAUAGCAGGUCUAGGUAGGUACCUAUAUCUUUAUAGUCGCUUUUGUGGAUAGUUUCUUUUUUCAAAUAAUCGCGAAUGUCUCGAAAAGGUCUUUGACCUAUUUAUACUUCUCAAUGAGUUUCUGUCUCGUAAUUCUUUUUUUUUUCAAUCUGAAUUCAUUUUAAAAUUAUCAAUACAGCAGGAAUUCUUUCCUUUUUAUUGAAAACUUCCCAUCGUCUUUCAAAAGCCAGAAAAUGAGAACGCAAAUAUGAAUAAAUAAACGUUUAGUCGUUGAAAAGCAUUGAAAAAAUCUACAAUUCUCAAAUUAAUAAAUCUGGAUGAAUUAAAUCCGCGUCAUUAACUUGAUUACACGCCAAUGAUUUAUUUCAAAUUGAAAACUAUAAGCAAAGCAAAGAGUCAUUUUGUAAGAUACGAAUGAAAUCGCAACUUCUCAGCGAUUUUUUUCCACACCACGGUUUUCAAUUCAUCCAUCCAAAACGCCAAACUCUUUAAAACUUUUUUUCCAAGCCCUUAUCUGAGCGAGAGAAAAAAAAACUACGAUAAAAUUAACUUUGAAAUUUUCUUUAAAAAAAUCUUAAUUCUUCAGAAAAGCCAUUGAUGUGUUUCUCCUCCUUGAAAAAAUAUCCUUUUGAAAAUCUCGGCGAAUAAAAACACACGUAUGAUAUUCAUUCGUGUAUAAGAUUUGUGUACCGUUUGAUCAUAAUGCCCAUCCCUUUCUAGAAAUCCGUUUUAAGGAGGAGCGAAAACCCGAACCCUUCUAUUUUGGCACGUAAACUUGACCUUUUUAUGCAGCUAACCCGUUACACGACUACUUCAAACUGAAUUAAUUAGCUCGGCUGAGAGAGAAGAAGCGAAAAAAGAAGGAAAACACUCAUGUCGAGACAAUUUUACUUUUCAACCUUCAGUUUAGUUUUGAAUUUUGAAAGAAAAUUGUCAUCAAAGUGCAUACAAAUCGUUGAUAACUAUAUUCGCGCGAUGGUGGAAAACUUCUGAGUGCGAGUUUUUUUUAUUCGCGUGUUUUUUCAACUUGCUGCAUUAUUCGGUUGAAAUAAUUGGAAUAUCUUUCAAAGUUUAUCUGAAUAUUUAUAAUUAGCUGGCUUUUGCGAAUGCUCUUUUAAUGCAUGCGUCUUUUUUCAGCUUAUUCGUGUAGUUCUAGAUGAAGAUAAUUUCUUUAGAUUAAACUUUUCACGCUAUUUUGAUCCGAAAUAAAAUCAAGUGCUCUUACAACUCGUGUAAAUUAAAACUGAAAUUUUAAAUAGGUAUCUAGAUCGAGUGUGCGAAAAAGAAAUUAAGAAAUCGAAUCUAAAUUAAAGAAAGUUACGCUUUGAAAAGUUUUUUUCAUUUUAUUACUUCGCCUUACAGAAAGAAAAAAAAGUAGCGAAAUAGCAUUUUAUUCGAAUCUAUCGAAGUAUUCGCAAAUUGUUUAUAAAACGAUUAGUCGACGAGUGUUUCGAUAGUUUGGGGAAAGAAAGUUGAAAAGUUUUAAAAAAUUGAAGUAGUCCGCUGCAUGCUUAUACGCUUUCGCUUUCGGCUUUUUAAUUUUAAAAAUCGCUUUAUAAUUUAACGUAGAAUUAGUUUAUUAAUCAUUUCUUCUUUUUUUUUCAAACAUGGACGAAUGCGUGGUGGAAUCGUCGCCGAAACGAAUGAAAAUUUCAAACGAGCCAAAUCUAGGCGCUUUGAAUCUAACAAUAAAUUCGGAAUAUCAUCGAACGACACUGGAGAAACCCAGCGAACAAAAUGUCGAUAACAGGAAGUUCGUUCAAACUAACACACUCGAAAUGAAGAAGAAAUUUCAACAAUGGGUUUUGGAAACGUACAGAGAUGCAUCGAAAACAAAAACCAUAACGGCGAAAAAGUACGAAAGAAUUGUGAAAACUCUUCGUGGCGAGAUAAAAAACUGCGCGGAAAACUCGAAAUUUCGAUUCUGGAUGAAGUGCAAAGGGUUCAAACUGGAAUCCGAAGGGGAUAAUAAAACGCUCUACGUUUUGGAUAAAAAGGACGAGGGUAUAAAAUACAAGAAAGUGGCCAUCGUUGAAAAUUUUUUCGACAUCAUUUACAACGUACAUGUGAACGAAGGUGCUCGUGGAAUUCAACAUGCUGGUCAGAAACGAACUCAUAAAUCGAUCACCGAAACGUACGCUUUUCUGCCUCGAGAAGCGGUAACGAAAUUCCUGUUAUGCUGCGUCGAUUGUCAAAAACGAAUUACCGAAGAUCGCAAACAUUCGCCAUUAGCAUCAUCGUCAUCGUCACAUGAUUCGGCAUUACAGAAUAGCGCAAUUAACGAUACUUCGAAUUCAUUAAACGAACUUUCAAAGAAUAAAACCAUUACGCGAGUUGACAAUAAUAUUUUCGAGUGUUACCCUACUUCGAAAACCGAACCGUACGAGAAUAAAUCAACGGACGUAUCGAGUAGUAGAAAAACAUUUGAAAAUAACAAUAACAUAUUUAACGAAACUAAAGACUGCAUUGUAACUCCUAAUGUAACCAUUAACUUUAACUCUAACUCGAAUGCUGCUGAUUCAAUUACGCAACAAAAUACUCUAAUGACACCUAUUUCUCUAAAUGACGAUUUUAAUACCGACAGAAUGAGAAUUAGGAAACGUAAACGAAAAUUUACUAGAAAAAUUGUCAGACCUAGGGUGAAUGUUGAUCCAUGUGACGUGACGUAUGAUCCCAGAGAUUCGGUUGAUUUUCUCACCAGUACUCCGCGUGAAAAUUGUGAUAUUGAAGCCAAUUUUGCAGCUUGUCGAGCAGAAUCAUCCAACGAUAGUUUAAUUCAACGGAUGCAACCACCGAAUGAACAAUGCAUGGAAUUCUUCACUCAAAAAUUCACCGACGACGAUGUGAAAUUCAAUUUAAGCGAAAACAUUGCGAGAUUCGAUGCGAUGGAAAGUAACUCGACAGAAUGUACCAACGAAACAACACCCGAAGAGAAAUCAAAUUUCAACAUUUCAACAAAAUGCUGUCCCUAUUUAAGCAAAAUCUCGGAAAUUAUUUUUAAUCCUGUUAAAUACGCGAUAUCCAGAAAAAGAAAAAAUUGCAUAUCUAUUUCGAACGAAGAAGAUUUUUUGGAACAACAAGCAGUUAAUUUGGUAUUAAAGGCUCAAGAGCUAGGAGCUGUAGAAAGUAAAUUAACUGAAAAUGAGAAGCAACAGAUAUCGCAGAAAGUAUACAACUUGAGGAUUAUUAGUUUUUUUCUAAAUUACGCCGCUGAUUUGAUGUUGAAAUCGUUGGCUCAUGAAAUUUAAUUUUAAUUAGGUCAAUUAUUGUUUUUUGUUAUAGAAAAUUUUUUAUUUUUGGAAAAACUGAGAGGAAACAUUUUAAAAAUAUAUUAGAUUUUUUUAAAUGUAGGUACCUACUGACUUUUUCAUUUUCUGGUGUUUUGGUUACUAUUUCUUAUUUUUUUUAUUUUUUAAUAUUGUGAUGUUACUUGCAUAAUUUGAAAUUCGAGAAAACGACGUGUUAUUCAAUCGCCAAAGACAAAUGAUCCGCAUAAUUAUACCUAAUUACAUAAGAAUAAUAUUCACUGAUUCCAUGCGGAAAAAUGAGGGUAAAAAAUAAAGAAAAUAGCAUCAUUCGAUAUCACAUCGGACGAAUUACGUUACAUGGAAGAAAAUGACCUUCGAGAUCGAAUGAAUUUACUUGUCCCUUUAAGUAUAUCAAAAUUAAUCCGCACCCACUCAAAGUUCAACACUCACGUGAUUUUAGAUUUGUUGCAUCAUCCGAUGAAAUUUUGGAAAAUGUGACCAAAACACUCUUCAUAUUACGUAUUAGAAAUAUUUUAAUUAAAAUUUCACGUUUUAGUACAACUUCGUUAUCGUUUAGUGCUUUACACAUGACAACGACUUAAAUUACACAAGUUGCUUUUGAAGCACGUAUACAAUAGACUAUACCUACCUACAUUUUUUUUCUACAUGAUGAGCAUUCCACUCGACUAAUAAGUUUUGACGCGUGGAAAUUUUACCCAAAAUGUGAAGAGCUCUGAGAAAAGAUACCUAGAUAAUUAUCUAGGUACGUCUUACGAUAUGUACGUCUAUAUAGUGAGUUCAAAAUUUCAGACGCGUUUUACUUUGAAAUGGGUAAUGCUAUCGAUCUGAAUCUUGUGAAUUUAUUAAUGGCAUUGAGCAUUCAGAUUUUCAAAGAAAAAUUCGAUGACUUUUGUUUGAAAAAUGAUAAUCUUCGACCUCUAUACAUAAACAGGGAAAAAAUAGGGAAUGUCCAUUGUUUGAUUUUGAGCUAAAAUUUAUAGAGCAAAACAUGACCACCUCUAGCAACAAAAACAAAAGCAACAAUCGAAAAAUUAAGAUCAUCGACCCAACCGAAGGCAUUUUAACAAAAUACCUCAAAUUUGGGACUUGAAUUCAGUUUGAGAUUAAAUUAGAGAGAGGGAGGUCGACCUCGACUCAAAAUUCGUGGGUGCCCAAAUUUUUAGGAGGGGAUGAAGGCAGAUGAAAAAAGUCGAAAACUAAACAUCAAUUGGAAAGAAAUCAAAAAGAGCAAAGUGGAUUUUUUUCUAUCGAAAGUCAAUGUUUCAGUUUUCAGAGCUCUUCAUAAAAUUUUUAUAGGUGAAUAAAGAUCAAUUUGAAUCUGCAGAAAAAAUGUCUGGUAGUUUAAUCGAUUUCCAAAUUUAAAAAAUAGAAUAGUUUUGUUUAGACUCAUUCAUAAUUUUUCACCUUUACAAGCAAAUGUAAUGAAUGGCUUAUUUUUGUCAAAAGGGGGUAAGUAAAAAAAAUUGUCAAAAAGUCCAUAAAAUGAACAAAAAAUUGUCGUUAUUCUUGGUAACAAUAAAGUAACCUCACCAACCCCCUCCCCAGUACAACCUUUAAAAUGUACAGUUAAUUUGUUUUUUAAAAAGUAAGUAGCCAUCUAAUUUUUUUAAUUAAAAAAAAACCAGUUUUUUAGAAAAAUCAUUUUGGAAACAUUUUUAAAAUACAAUUUUUUGAUUUCUUUCAUGCCUUAAUUUUUUUUUGAACCCCCCCCCCUAACCCUCUGAGAACAUUUUUGCCAUGCUAUUGUGUCGUGGAGAAUCACAUCAUGAGAUAUUUUUCUGCUUUUCAAGUAGAAUUCAUGGUAGUUACGAUGAAAGUACAGAAUAGAUACUUUUUUAUUCUUCUAAAAAUAAAAAUUGAAAAUACACUUUUUCAACAAAUACCACAACGUUAUGUUGAUUUAUGAUGUCAAAGUCAAAUCCCUUUUUACUAUUGAUUCAGCAAUGAAAGCUUGAUUUCUACAAUACCGUCCAGCACAGAUAGAAGUGGGGGAGGGGGGUUUGAAACAAAACUGAAACAAGCAAUAUACCCACUCCCCUUUUCUUGGAAAAAAUAAUCUUAAAAUUGGAAAAAUUAAGAUCUAACUUAAAAAUGGUUUAAAAUUAUGUGUGUAUGUGUGUUUUUUUUGUUUUUGUUUUUUUUUUUUUAAAUGUAACAAAAAGAAAAAUUUUAAAAGGUCACUUGUUCGGCAAUUAUAAUUUUUUUUGUUUUUCAUCUUUGAAAAUCAAUAUUUUUUCCAAAUUAAUGCUCCCUAAACGAUUGGUAAAUAAUUUUCCUUCACGAAACAGAAAACUAUUUACCUAUUUGUUUAGUAAUGAUAAAAUUGCCAAUCUUAUUUGUGGCUCUCCUUGAAAAAGUUGAAAAUCAUCUUACAGGUUCUCCACGACGACCGCAUAAAAUUUUUACUGAAGCUUUGAAAAAUAAAAAUGUAAAAAAAUCAAGAUUUAUUUUUAAAUUUCGAAAAAUAUUUUUUCAAUCCUUUCAAAAUUUUGAAAUGAAGGGAAGAGGGAAAGAAUUAUUUUCUCUCUGGGACACAUUCAUAUUAGAAAUUCAAUUUCAUCUUGAGGUAGGUAGAAUUUUUUUAGUAACUGUUAAGAAUUAAUUUUAAGAUUGGAAAAAAGUGCACAAAAAUUUUUUAUUAAAAAAAAAAUUGAUAAACGUAACAGGAAUUUUGGCUUAAAGUAGGUACCUAAUACUUUUUUAUGUUCCCUUAUUUGUUGUGAGUUCACCAAGACUGCAAAAAAAAAAACAGUCAAACAGUCAUGCAGCAAAAUGACUCAUUUCCUGGGGGGGGGGGGGGGGAGGGGACAACAGUAGCAAUACGUUUUGUAUUUUUUCAUGCUUUCAUAAAUUUCUAAUACUUAUUAGUAGGUAAGGUACCUAUAUAGAUGUAUAAAUAUAAUUUGUUUAUUUAAAACAUCAAAUUUUUAAAAAAUGAAAACUUGAAAAAAUUUGUGAUUUUAUUUUAAGAAUGCUAUAUAAUAAUUAAUUAGAUAAUUAUAAUUUGAAAUAUGACUGAUUUUCGUUAUUUAAUUCUAUUUAAUUAUUGUGAUAUAAAUGCGAUUGAACAAUGUAAGUAGAUUAUUUUUUUUACACAACGAACAAUUGCGUAAUAAAAAAUUAAAAUUAAAAUUUUUGCGAUAAUAUGGAAAAAAUUUAACGAUUUUUUUAUUUUAAUUUUACCAAUUACAUUUGUCGACCAACUCGCUCGCAGAUAUACUUAUUCAUAUCGCAAAACAAAGCAUGCUCAAAUUGUCGCAUUUUCAUUGUUUCAAUUUCAAAUAUAUACGUCGCGGAAUUUA